GAUAUAUAUUUGAGAAACACCAGAAAUUUCCACUUAACACGUUUAUGUUCUAAAUUUUCAUGUUAUAAUUUCCCUGAAAAUAUUCCUAAUUUUCAUUUUUUUUUUCCUCUUCAUUUUCCGUUGCAUUUUCGCUCCCUUCUUUUUUCCAACGUUUUCCAUACUCAUCACUUCGUUCUCACGUUUUCUGUUUCUCUACCAGUUUCAUUCCCAAACCGCCGACUCCACCUCGCGCAAUGCGUUCCUCUGAGCUCCAAUUCGAAGGGAACGCGCGUCGCGGAAGCUGAUUUAAGCGCUUUUCGCCGCUUAGGGUUUCAGGUCAGGGAAUGAGUGUGAGCUCAUGGCGUUCACUUACGCGGCUGCGAUCGCUCCCUCUCUCCGCGGCAUUGCUCGCAUCGGUUUUUGUGACUACAAGGUUUCGCUUGCCGGUUCUCACAGCGAAGUGAAUUCGGCGUCGUUUUGCGUUUCGUCGCGUGCGGGGAAGAAUGAUGUUUUGCUCGAGAGGAGGAAGUUGAAGUCGGCUGAUACUCGCGUUGCCGACAAUGCGCAGACGAAAUUCAGCGUUGGAAUUGAAAUUCCUGUUUCGUGCUACCAGCUCAUUGGUGUUCCUGAUCGGGCAGAGAAAGAUGAAAUAGUUAAGGCGGUUAUGGGUUUGAAAAAUGCAGAAAUUGAUGAAGGUUACACAGUUGAUGUUGUUGCAGCUCGUCAGGAUCUUCUGAUGGAUGUUAGGGAUAAGCUUCUUUUUGAGCCAGAAUAUGCUGGCAACCUGAGGGAAAAGAUUCCCCCUAAGUCCUCACUUCGAAUUACAUGGUCUUGGUUGCCUGGUGCUCUUUGCCUUCUUCAAGAGGUUGGAGAAUCAAAGCUUGUGCUAGAGAUAGGACAGACAAAUCUUCAGCACCAAAAUGCCAAGCCAUAUACUGAUGAUAUGAUUCUUUCUAUGGCGCUAGCUGAGUGUGCAGUUGCGAAGAUUGGCUUUGAGAAGAAAAAAGUAUCUCAAGGUUUCGAAGCUCUUGCUCGUGCCCAGUGUCUUCUAAGAAGUAAACCAUCUCUUUCGAAAAUGACACUGCUAUAUCAGAUUGAAGAAUCUCUUGAAGAGCUUGCGCCAGCUUGCACCUUGGAACUACUGAGCAUGCCACAGGCUCCUGAACAUGUUGAUAGAAGACGAGGUGCAAUUUCAGCUUUGCGUGAAUUGCUCAGGCAGGGUCUUGAUGUUGAAGCUUCAUGCCAAGUACAGGACUGGCCUUCCUUUCUGUGCCAAGCAUUUGACAGUUUGCUGGCUAGAGAGAUUGUUGAUCUUCUUCCUUGGGAUAACUUAGUCGUGAUGCGAAAGAAUAAGAAGACGAUUGAAUCACAGAAUCUAAAGGCAGUAAUAGAUUCUAAUUGUUUUUAUAGAGUUUUUAAAGCUCAUAUGGCAGUCGGGUUUUCCAGCAAGCAGAAAGAGUUGAUUAACAAAGCAAAAGGAAUAUGCGAAUGUUUGAUAGCUUCAGAGGGUAUUGAUUUGAAAUUUGAGGAAUCUUUUUGCUUAUUCCUACUUGGUCAGUGCACGGAGGCUGAGGUGGUUGAAAAGCUUAAACAACUUGAGUUAAACUCAAAUCCCAAAAAUAAUUCAGUCUUGGGGAAGGCAAUAAUGGAUGCUUCUGCCGUAAACCCAUCAUUGGAAAUUUGGCUGAAGGAUUCAGUUCUUGCAUUAUUUCCGGAUACUAAAGAUUGUUCUCCAGCUUUGGGCCAUUUCUUUAAUGCUCAGCAAAAAUUUUCUGGAAGCAAGAAUUCUAAAGGAGGAGCUCAACAAGUGUUGCCCACUAUAUGUCAUAGACCUCUAUCCUCAUCUGGUUCCUUGGAACGAAGAGAUGUUGAGGAAUCUCGCUCGUACAUGAGCUCUUCUCCUACUGUAGGGUUUGCUGUCAAGCAGCUGACUCCUACUGAUUUGCGGAGUUCAUUGCUAUCAGGUAGAAAUGAAAAUGUAAGCAAUCCUAUCGAGCCACCAGUUCAAGUGAAAAGGAACCUUGGUAGUCAUCGGAGUUCAGGAAUUUGGCAUGGUUACUUCCCUCAAGGACACAUAUUUGGAAGAAUAACAUACUUUACUGUAUUGGGUUGUAUUGCAUUUACUUCCAUUAAGUUGUCAGGAAUUGGCGUAAGCAAGACUCUUAUUGGUUCACAUUCGGCUUUUACUAAAGCAAAUGAUAACAUUAAUUGGACUUCAGAUUCAGCUGACAACCCUGUAGGCCCAGCUUAUAUUAGGCAAAGUACUGUGGCCAACAAACUGAAGAGGAUCCUUUUGAUGUUUAAGAUACAUGUGUUGCAGCAAUCAGGUGCCCGAAAUCAUGAUUUACGUCCGACCAGUACCUCGUCUUCUUCUAUUAAUAUUUCCAGAAGGCCAAUGCCUGUGGAAGAAGCAGAAACCAUUGUUAGGCAAUGGCAAACAAUCAAAGCUGAAGCUUUGGGACCUAGCCAUGAAGUUAGUUCCCUAGCUCAAGUUCUUGACGAAUCAAUGCUUGCUCAGUGGAACGGUUUGGCCACUGCUGCAAAAGAAAGAUCCUGUUACUGGAGAUUUCUUUUGCUCAAGUUAUCCAUCAUUCGAGCUGACAUUUUAUCAGAUAGAAAUGGAGCUGACGUGGCAGAAAUAGAAGCUCUCUUAGAGGAAGCAGCUGAACUCAUUGACGGUUCUCGGCAAAAGAACCCUAACUAUUAUCUCUCUUACAAAGUCAAGUAUGCUAUGAAGAGGCAAGACGAUGGAUCAUGGAAGUUCUGUGAAAAUGAUAUAAUAGAAACACCUUGACGUUUGGCUGAUUAUUACUAUAUGCCACGCCAGGGUAACUUAUGUUGCACACCUAACUUGGUUCCUCCCCUAACCUUUUGUUUUCUGGAGCCUUAAAAUUCAGAUACAGAUCUCCAUUCAGGUCAAUGAUGACACCUGAGUAUUUCACUUUACACAAUAUAAGAUCCUACACCCCCUCUUCUUUCUGAUCUUUACCUGUAAGAAAUUCAUUGGGAUUUAUAUGAUCCUAUUGAUUGAUUGGAAUUCAUUGUGAUGUAUCAGAAAAAAAAUGAAAAAAAUAACAUUUCUGAUUCAAUUUUAUUCUAA